CCCCAAAAAAUAAAAAUAAAAAAAAAGGCCCACCAACUACAAAGUCCAAGCUCCCCCACAAAGCCACCACCCCCACAAACCUAUUCAACAACAAAACAAAACACAAACCAGCAACAUAGACCUGAACGAAAACAAUUUUUUCAGUUUUCCAAAUUCUAUAUAUAUAUAUAUAUAUAUAUAUAUAUAUUUUUUUUUUUUUUUUCCAGAAAAUGAAAUGAACUUGCCAGCCAACCAGAGGACCAUUUCUUCUGAGCAUAUUCUACUAUUCCUCUAUCCCUUCACCAAUGAAAGCAAGCUCGAUCUCGACAUCAACCUCAACCUCUGAUGCUUUGACCACCACGCUUUGCAACUCAAUCCAAGCUCUAGGUCGGGGCUUCGAUGUCACCUCGGAUAUUCGGCUUCUCUAUUGCAAGGGAGCUCCUGGGUCCAGGCUUGUGAAGCUUGAUGAGGGUCAAAGCAGGGAUCUUUUUGUCCCUGAUGGUGUUGUUGUGCCCAAUGUUCCGGUUGAUAUUGACUUCUCUCGGGUCGAGAGUAAUAUUGAGAAAGUUCCUGUGUGCAGCUUCCAUGAGAUGGCAGAAUACUUCAAUAAGAAAUCAGACAUAUCAGGCGACAUUCCCCUUGGAAGCUUUAAUGCCAUGUACAAUUUCACCGGUGCUUGGCAAGUUGAUGCAGCCGCCACCAAAUCCCUUGCCAUGGUUGGAUACCUGAUUCCUAUGUACAAAGUUACAUUAGAAAAGCCAAAUUUAGUUUUGAAUGAGGAAAUCAAGCGUGCUGUUCCUUAUUCUUGGGAUCCUGCAUCCUUGGCAAGUUUCAUUGAGAAUUUCGGUACUCAUAUUGUUACAUCUGCAACAAUUGGUGGAAGAGAUGUGGUUUAUAUAAGGCAGCACCACUCAUCUCCUUUGUCAACAUUGGACAUUGAGAAUUAUGUGAAAGACAUUGCUGAUCAUAGGUUUCAGGAGUCAAAAAGCCAGUCAAGUGCCGGUCCCUUAAAAUACAAGGACAAGGAUGUAACAGUUAUUUUUAGGAGACGAGGUGGUGAUGAUCUCGAGCAGAGUCUUGCCAAGUGGGCAGAGACUGUACGAUUAGCACCGGAUGUGAUUAACAUGACAUUUACUCCCAUUGUUUCUUUGCUUGAAGGAGUGCCUGGAAUAAAGCACUUGACCCGUGCAAUUGAAUUAUACUUGGAGUACAAGCCACCCAUUGAAGAUCUGCAAUAUUUCUUGGAUUUUCAAAUUGCACGAAUAUGGGCCCCUGAGCAGAAUAAUUUGCAAAGAAAAGAGCCUGUGUGUCCGUCUCUUCAGUUCAGUUUGAUGGGUCCCAAGCUUUAUAUCAGCCCAGAUCAGGUAACAGUAGGCCGGAAGCCAGUUACAGGGCUUAGACUUAGCCUAGAAGGCAUCAAGCAAAACCGACUAGCUAUACAUUUGCAGCAUCUUGUAUCUCUUCCUAAAAUCCUUCAACCCCACUGGGAUGCCCAUAUGGCCAUAGGUGCACCCAAGUGGCAAGGUCCUGAGGAGCAAGAUAGCCGUUGGUUUGAACCUAUAAAGUGGAAGAACUUUUCUCAUGUAAGCACUGCACCAAUAGAGCACACAGAAACUUGUAUAGGAGACCUUUCUGGUGUUCACAUUGUGACAGGAGCUCAACUUGGUGUUUGGGAUUUUGGUUCCAAAAAUGUUUUACAUCUCAAACUCCUCUUCUCCAAAGUACCAGGCUGUACGAUAAGGCGGUCUGUUUGGGAUCACAAUCCAUCUGCCCCUGCUUCUGCACAAAGGCCCGAUGGUGCUUCUUCUUCAUACAUAAACAACAAAACCUCCGAUGAUAAAAAGGAAGAUAGCUCAGGCCAAACUGGAAAACUAGCUAAAAUUGUAGACAAAACUGAAAUGUCAAAGGGUCCACAAGAUAUUCCAGGCCAUUGGUUAGUCACGGGUGCUAAACUUGGAGUAGACAAAGGAAAGAUUAUGCUACGAGUGAAGUACUCCUUGCUGAAUUACUGAUCUCCUUUUUGUGCUUGUAAUUUUAGGCUUUCCCACUAGGAAUUGAUAGUCAAGCAUUCUUUGCACAGGCAUUCCCUGUUCUUUUGUUAUGUACAUUGUUCUUUUGCUUGUAAGUCAUAUCCAUUUGAUAGUCACGUCAUUAUUUAUAUGAAGGUUUGCCUUCUAAUAUUUGGGUUAGAUAAUUUGUUUAUCAAAAAAACAAAGAAACAGUGUUGAAUAAUAGUAGACUUGUUUUGGUUAA